AUGACCUGCGACCUACGGAACGAAGAAGACAAGGAGGAUGACCCGGCGGCCGGCGGAGCCGCUGCCUCUGCCACCAAGACGGAGAGCAUCCGACGGCGAGCGCGCGCAGCUAGCAUUCGUCGGCCCAUCAUUGCGCCUCGUGCCAUUCCCGUUGCAUCAUCCAGUCGUUCGACAUCGGAGGCCAGCUCUUCUCGGCCUUCUGCGGGAAGCUCCACGAUCAACAUCAAGGUCCAGAUUCCAGAAAACGAACAGCUAAGGGUGACAAGCCAUGCGCCUCCCUCUUCCACCACCUCUCCCACCUCGCCCACAUCGCCCCUAUCGCCAAGGGCAGCUCCUCAGAACAGCAGCAGCACCGGUGCCGACGGCCAACCGAUGAUGCUGCAGCGGGCCAGCUCGGACGUGAUGCCCGACUUUCCGCUCCCAAGCGAGACGAACCGCCUGUACCAGCGCCUCGGGACCAUCAAGUCGGCCAUACUCAUCUACUGCACGCUGCUCGGGCUCAGCCCCAUCCUCAAGUCGCUUACGCAGUCCACGUCGAGCGACAGCAUCUGGGCCAUGUCGUUCUGGCUGCUGGCCAUCAACAUCUUCUUCUUCGACUACUCGGGCGGCGUGGGCGCCAAGUUCCCGGCGUCGCUGUCGACCAACGCGGCGCUCAUGGCGUCGACGGUGCUGGCCAGCCGCCUGCCCUCGACCAAGCAGGUGUUUUGCCUGACGCUCUUCAGCAUCGAGGUGUUUGGGCUGUUCCCCGUGUUCCGGCGGUACGUGCAGCACCGCAGCUUCCGGCAGCACGUCAUCCUCACGGUGCUGCUGAUCCUGGGCGCGGGCUGGGGCGUCGGCGUGGUGAUUGCCGAGCCCAAGCCCGGGUGCUGGCCGUGGAAGCGCGGCAUCGGCGGCAUGGCCGUGGCCGUCAUGAUUGCGGCCAUUGCCACGGGCGGGUGCAGCUGGUGGCUCAUUGGGCUGCAGCGGUACAAGAACGAGAUUCGGGGCCCGUGGGAUCCUGCGAGGCCCAUUAUCAUGAGCCGGCCGCGCUGGGAUGAUCGGUGA